AACAGGUUCUUCCUGACGUCCUUUGGUGCUCUGUACAUCUCAGAUGUCCAGAAGGAGGAUGCCCUCUCUACCUACCGCUGCAUUACCAAGCACAAAUACAGCGGAGAGACGCGCCAGAGCAAUGGAGCCAGGCUGUCUGUCAUGGGUGAGUUGGACUGUAAAGUAUGUCAUUUCUCUGAGUACCGGUACACAGUGUUUUGUGUGUAAUAAAUGUCUAUGCAUAUGAAUGAAUAUACACUACAUGACCAAAAGUAUGUGGACACCUGCUCGUCGAACAUCUCAUUCCAAAAUCAUGUGCAUUAAUAUGGAGUUGGUCCCCCCUUUUCUGCUGUAACAGCCUCCACUCUUCUGGGAAGGCUUUCCUCUAGAUGUUGGAACAUUGCUGCGGGGACUUCCAUUCAGCCACAAGAGCAUUAGUAAGGUCGGGCACUGAUGUUGGGCAAUUAGGCCUGGCUCGCAGUCGGCAUUCCAAUUCAUCCCAAAUGUGUUCGAUGGGGUUGAGGUCAGGGCUUUGUGCAAGUCAGUCAAGUUCUUCCACACCGAUCUCGACAAACCAUUUCUGUAUGGACCUCGCUUUGUGCAUGGGGGCAUUGUCAUGCUGAAACAGGAAAGGGCCUUCCCCAAACUGUUGCCACAAAGUUGGAAGCACAGAGUUGUCUAGAAUGUCAUUGUAUGCUGUAGCGUUAAGAUUUCCCUUCACUGGAACUUAGGGGCCCCAGACCAUUAUUCCUCCUCCACCAAACUUUACAGUUGGCACUAUGCAUUGGGCAGGUAGCGUUCUCCUGGCAUCCGCCAAACCCAGAUUCGUCCGUCGGACUGCCAGAUUCAUCACUCCAGAGAACGCGUUUCCACUGCUCCAGAGUCCAAUGGCCGCGAGCUUUACACCACUCCAGCCAAUGCUUGGCAUUGCGCAUGGUGAUCUUAGGCUUGUGUGCAGCUGCUCGGCCAUGGAAACCCAUUUCAUGAAGCUCCAGACAAACAGUUAUUGUGCUGAUGUUGCUUCCAGAGGCAGUUUGGAACUCGGUAGUGAGUGUUGCAACCGAGGACAGACGAUUUCUACACGCUGCGCGCUUCAGCACUCUGCGGUCCCAUUCUGUGAGCUUGUGUGGCCUACCACUUCACGACUGAGCCGUUGUUGCUCUUAGAUAUUUCCACUUCACAAUAACAGCACUUACAGUUGAUUGGGGCAGCUCUAGCAGGGCAGAAAUUUGACGAACUGACUUGUUGGAAAGGUGGCAUCCUAUGACGGUGGCACGUUGGAGAUUGCAUGGCUGUGUGCUCGAUUUUAUACAACUAUCAACAACAGGUGUGGCUGAACGAAUCUACUCAUUUGAAGGGGUGUCCACAUACUUUUGUAUAUAUAGUGUAUGUAUAUGAAUUAUUGUUAACAUCCCAUACCCAAGUCCAGUCCAAAGUAUAACCUGUUCCCCCCAUCUCUCUUCCAGACCCCACCGAGUCGUCUCCCUCUAUCCUGGACAGUUUCCAGGCGGGGGAGGUGCGGGCUGGUCAGAGUGUGGAGCUCCCCUGCAUGGCAGCGGGGUACCCCAGCCCCACGGUGCGCUGGCUAAAGGACGGGCGCCCGCUGCCCUCUGAUGCACGCUGGACUCGGCGCCUCACGGGUCUGACCAUCAGUGACCUCAGGCAGGAGGACAGCGGUAGCUAUGCCUGUGAGGUCACCAACAGCUUCGGCUCCAAGGAAGUGUCUGGAGCACUCUAUGUCGUAGGUGAGGAGAGGAGGAGGGAGGGGGGUCGAGGGAUGUGGGACGGAGGAAAAGGGAGAGGGAGGAGAUAUUGUGGUGAAGAGGGAGGGACCAUGGGACAGGGAAUUGGUGUGAGGAGAAGGAGGAGUGAGGCAGGGGGGAAAGGUUGGCAAAGGGGAAAUAAGGUUGGCACAGACCCCCAAAACAGACACACACUUACAGUGUGCACUUUCUGUUAAUGUCAGACUGACAGACAGACAGAUACACUCACACUGUCUUCUGAAUUGGUGGCAGACAGGCUCAUAUUCUGUACACACACACACACACACACACACAUUCACACGUAUAAUGUGAGAAAUGGAUCAGUAUGAAUGGGUGUGUAGUGUAUGAUGCCCUGUCAUAUCAAGUCUCUAGACAGAGGACAGUAAUGCACUGAGAAUGAGCACUUCACACCACCGCCAACACCAGUCACUAUCAGAGAGAGAGAGAGAGAGAGAGAGAGAGAGAGAGCAGAGGGGGGUGGAUGGACUAAAAGGAGACAGAGAAGGAACAAUGAAAAAUAGAAAUUGAAGUAUAUCUUUCAGAGAGAAAGGAAGAAUGAGAGAGAGAAACAGAUUUAUAUAAACACAGAGAAGAUAGAGAUAGAGAGAGAGAGAGAACAAGAGAGAGCACAGGCAGGCUUUGCCAGUGGGCACAUCAUGGCAGCACACAGUGUGACUCUGACAGGGCGAGGGGGGCUUGGGUUGCACAGCCAUGCCCCCCAGCACACACCACCAGCUGCCUUAUUGCUCACUGACAUUUACACACACACACACACACACACACACACACACACACACACACACACACACGCGCGCGCACACACACACACACACACAUAUAUGGACAGAGAUGUGAAGAGAUGUCUCCAUCUGCUUUUUUAAUGACUGCCUGAAACGGAUUGAGUCUCCUCAACUGAUUACGCUGUUUUGUUUUUCUGUCUUUGUGUGUGUGUGUGUUACUCAUGUGUGUUUUCUCUCUCCUCCCACAGACCCCCUGCGAGUGACCCUCUCCCCUAAGAGUCUGAAGACGGGUAUCAGCAGUACCCUGUUCUUUACCUGUGCUGUGGAGGGUUCUCCAGAGUACACAGUGGCCUGGUACAGGAACACAGAACCUAUAGUCCCAGACCAGCACAUCUCCAUACAGGGCUCCCACAACGACACCCUGCAGAUCACUGCCGCUCAGAAGAGCCACUCUGGGGCCUACCAGUGCUUUGCCUCCCGCAAGGGCCACACUGCCCAGGACUUCUCUAUCAUACUGCUGGAGGGUAAGAGGAUGAGGGAGGGAAGGUUGGAUGGGAGGGGGGUGGAAGCAAGCAACUUUAUUCUUACAGACAGGGCCGGCUCCAGGCAUAAGCGACAUAAGGUUGUUGUUGUUGUUUUUUUGGAACUCAGUCGGGGUCUCAACUUACUAUUGAGAGUAAGAAUAGUAAAAUACACCAGGUGCAAUUUUGAAAUGUGGUUGUGCAUCAGCAAUUAUUCUGUUGUUAUGCCAGUCACUAAAUUAUCUGACAAUUAGCCAUGUACAUUUUUGAUUGGUAGUUAGUCUAGCCAGCUAUCUAAACUUGUAGUAAUCAUGACCGAAUACUGAAUCGGCACGCAGGGCACAUGCCCAGGGGCCCUGACCUCCAGGGGGCCCCCAUUGAUUUUAUUAGUUACUCUCACUCAGAUAUCAUAUUAACAUGGUAUGUGUCACGCCCUGACAUAGAGUUGGCUAGUUGGUUUAGUCAGGGUGUGAAUAUCUAUGUGUGGGAAUUUCUAUGUGGACAUUCUAUGUCAUUGUGUUUCUAUGUUGGCCGGGUGUGGUUCCCAAUCAGAGGCAGCUGUCGAUCGUUGUCUCUGAUUGGGGAUCAUACUUAGGCAGCCAUUUUGCCUACCUUAGUUGUGGGAUCAUGACUCGUGUGUGUGUGUGUGUGUGUGUGUGUGUGUGUGUGUGUGUGUGUGUGUGUGUGUGUGUGUGUGUGUGUGUGUGUGUGUGUGUGUGUGUGUGUGUGUGUGUGUGUGUGUGUGUGUGUGUGUGUGUGUGUGUGUGUGUGUGUGUGUGUGUGUGUGUGUGUGUGUGUGUGUGUGUGUGUGUGUGUGUGUGUGUGUGUGUGUGUGUGUGUGUGUGUGUGUGUGUGUGUGUGUGUGUGUGUGUGUGUGUUGUGUGUGUGUGUGUGUGUGUGUGUGUGUGUGUGUGUGUGUGUGGCCAUUGUGAGUGUCACGUUACGUUGCUUUUGUUGUGUGUUUACUUUAUAAAUAAACAUGUAUGCAUUCUACGCUGCACCUUGGUCCAAUCCUGUACUCAACGGACGGGACAGUAUAAGUCAUGGCAAAAUGUGUUGAAUUUUAGGAAUUUAACUUUAAAGGCCCCCACCAGAGGGCAAAGCAGCCUCUAUUUUAACAUAAUUCCUGUCCUAUAGCGGAAUUUCUCGUUUAGGUUCCACCUCCGAAGAAUGACGCAGGCUGCUAGUACAUAUUCACGAAUUGGGGGUGGGAACGUUAUGGAGAUUUCCACAUGGAGUGGAGAAAUAACAACAAGUAGGGCACUGACAGCUGUCAGUGUAGCUAGCUAGCAUGCUAACCUUAUCUAGAUAGCUAAUGUUAUAUGUUGUUGCUACACUGUAUUCAAAAGAUUAGCCAGCUGGCUAGGCUGUGGCUGGUUCUGGUGCUGGAUUUGUCAUAAGUAUUAAGGGAAAACUUCGCCACAGAUGGAUAGGGAAAACCAGUAUAUUUUACUUUGCCAUCUAUUGUUAUCUCCAAAGUUUUUGCACGUUCCAUAAAUUGCGGCCGCGAAUCCGCCAUAGAAAUAGAAAGAAUAAAAUGAAGCUCCGGUAAUAUGGAUAUUCUAAAUAUUGAACGGUUUGGACUAGAUUCUACAUUGUAAUGGACACGGUGCAACCUUUGGUAUGCUUCUGGUAGGCUGCGCUACAGCAAUGCCACGUCAGCCCGUGCUCCUGCCAUGGUUCUCACAGCUAGGGGAAGUGAAAUGAUAGGCUACAAUGACUUUUCUCAUGAUGCAGACCACAAAUGAUAUGUAACAAAACCCUGAACACAUCGGACACGAAACAAAACACCAAUACAAAUGUAACAACAGCACAAAAUAGAUAAAGAAGUUUGUGGAAUUUUAUUUUGCGGGUGCCUUUUCAUUAUAGGAUAGACACUUGUGAUUUCUAGCUGCACCAAUCAAAGCAGUGGAGCGUGGUCAAAACCAUUCAUCUUGGGGCAACAGUGGGAACGGGAUUCCGAAAUGCAAUCAUAUUACACACAAUUUUAACAUUUACACUGAACAAAAAUAUAAACGCAACAUGUAAAGUGUUAGUCCCAUUUUUCAUGAGCUGAAAUAAAAGAUCCAUACGCACAAAAAGCUUAUUUCUCUCAAAUGUUGUGCACUAAUUUGUUUACAUCCCUGUUAGUGAGCAUUUGUCCUUAGCCAAGAUAAUCCAUCCACCUGUGCUGGGGACAAUAAAAGGCCACUCUAAAUUGUGCAGUUUUGUCACAUAACACAAUGCCACAGAUGUGCAAUUGGCCUGCUGACUGCAGGGAUGUCCACCAGAGCUGUUGCCAGAGAAUGUAAUGCUCAUUUCUCUACCAUAAGCUUCCAACGUUGUUUUAGAGAAUUUGUCAGUACGUCCAACCGGCCUCACAACUGCAGACCAUGUGUACAGCAUCGUAUGGGUGAGCGGUUUGCUGAUGUCAACGUUGUGAACAAAGUGCCCCAUGGUGGCGGUGGGGUUAUCAUAUGGUUAGGCAUAAGCUACGGACAAUGAACACAAUUGCAUUUUAUCAAUGCCGAUUUCAAUGCACAGAGAUACCGUGACGAAAUGCUGAGGCCCAUUAUCGUGCCAUUCACCCGCCGUCAUCACCUCAUGUUUCAGCAUGAUAAUGCACGGCCCCAUAUCGCAUGGAUCUGUACACAAUUCCUGGAAGCUGAAAAUGCCCCAGUUCUUCCAAUGGCCUGCAUACUCAUCAGACAUGUCACCAAUUGAGCAUGUUUGGGAUGCUCUGGAUUGACGUGUACGAUAGCGUGGUCCAGUUCCCGCCAAUAUCCAUCAACUUCGCACAGCCAUUGAAGAGGAGUGAGACAACAUUCCACAGGCCACAAUCAACAGCCUGAUCAACUCUAUGCAAAGGAGAUAUGUAGCGCAGCAUGAGGCAAAUGGUGGUCACACCAGAUACUGACUGGUUUUCUGAUCCACGCCCCUACCUUUUUUAAAAAGGUAUCUGUGACCAACCGAUGCAUAUCUGUAUUCCCAGUCAUGUGAAAUCCAUAGAUUAGGGCCUAUUGAAUGUAUUUCAAUUGACUGAUUUCCUUAUAUGAACUGUAACACUGUAAAAUCUUUUGAAUUGUUACAUUAAAUUUUUGUUCAGUAUAUAAAAUGGUCAUAUAUAUAUCUAUUUUUUUUAUACAGACUAGCUCAAAAAUAAGUGAAACUUGACAAUUGUAAGUUGCCGAUAAAAAAAAAACGAACAAACAAAAAACAUACGUUUGCACCCCCUUCUUUAAUUUAUUCCAUGGCCCAGCCAAAUAUGAUCUAUUGUAUUGCUGAGCUCAGUCAAAACUUUCCUCCCCCAACCAAAUCUUGCUUUAGGGCCCCCAAAAUGCUGGAGCCAACCCUGCUUACAGAUGUAGGAUCUUAAUUUUAGCCAGUUUGCAACAGCAGGAAAAUAAUCCUGCAGCAACAGGAAAUUUGAAUUAUUAUGUGGAUUAUAAUUAAUGGAUUUUUUUUUGCAGGGGUUGAUACAUUUUUAGUAAGGGAAAAUCAAGUCAGAAAUGUCAAAUUACAAACUUCAGAAGCCUUUUUAAACAUUCUUGACUGAAAAGUUGUGAAUCUCACUUUUCAUCUCUCUCUCUCUCUCUCUCUCUCUCUCUCUCUCUCUCUCCAUCUAUCUCUCCUGUAGACGGCACUCCUCGUAUUGUGUCCUCCUUCAGUGAGCGUGUGGUCGCCCCCGGUGAGCCCUUCUCCCUGAUGUGUGCCUCCAAGGGAGCCCCACCCCCCUCCAUCACCUGGACGCUGGACGACGAACCUGUAGUGCGAGACUCCGCCUACAAGACCAGCCAGUACACCCUAUCAGACGGCCUGACCGUGUCACAUGUCAACGUCAGCAGCCCGGCCAUCCGCGACGGGGGAGUGUAUCGCUGCGCCGCACGCAACUCGGCCGGUAGCGCCGAGUACCAAGCGCGCAUAAACGUAAGAGGUGCCUGUCUACUUUUCAAUAUACACGCACCCCACACCCGCACCUAUACACACACUGGCAAUAAGUAUACAGUACAGAGACAGGUAGAGAUGUGUAAGGAGUUAGACAAACGUGCAACACAUACACACAUCCAACACACAUGCAUACAUGCACUAACACUCACAGCGAGGUUUAGAGUCUCUUCACACACCCAACCCCAACCCUCCAACCGUCAUCCCUCUUUCUUACUCUGUCUCUUUCUCUGUAUGUGUGUCUCUCUCCCUCUCUCCCUCUCUCUUGCUCCCUGUUUCUCUGUCUGUGUCUUGCCCAGUGUGUGUUUCUCUCUCUUUUGCUGUGUGUCUGUCUACCUGGAUGUCUCUCUUACUCUCACUCUAUCUCUAUGCAUGUCUCUAUCUAUCUGUUCUCAUCAAGACCACAGCAAAGACCAUGUCUGUUCUCAUCAAGACCAUAGGACAGUGUUACUGAGGAUAAUGUAGUCAAACGUGCAUACACACCCAUACACACAAUCACUUAGAAAACACAAAUAAUUAAUAGAUAUUACAAAUAUAACCAGUAUGACUGGGUUAAGGGGGCAUCACUAACCUCCUUCUCUACCCCUCAAUCUGCCCCAAUCACUCUCUCCCCAACCUUUAUCUUCUCUCUCCUCUCCUCCUCUCCUCCUCCCCUUUUCUCCCAUGUCCUCCUCCCCUCUCUCUCCUCUUCCACCCCUGUCUCCUCCUCCCCUCUCUCUCCUCUUCCACCCCUGUCUCCUUCUCCCCUCUCUCCUCUUCCACCCCUGUCUCCUCCUCCCUCUCUCAUCCUCUUCCACCCUGUCCCUCCUCCCUCUCUCUUCUUCCCCCCCUUCCCUGUCUCUCUUCCCCCCUCUCCUCUUCAUCUCUUCCUCUUCUUCCUCUCUCUCUCCUCCCACUCUCUCCUCUCUCCACCCCCGUCUCCUCCUCCCUCUUCCUGUCUCUUACUCCCCUUUUUUCACCUUUCUUCUUCCUCCUCUCUCCCUCCUCUCCUCCGCUCCCCUCGUCCUCCCUCUCUUCUCUGUGUCUCCAGGUUCACCUAGGAUCAGGGAGAUGCGUGACAUCACGGCUGUGGCAGGAAGGAACACCUUUAUAACCUGUCGUGUGAUUGGUUACCCCUACUACUCUAUCAAGUGGUUUAAGGAUGGCAUGCUGCUGCCUGACAACCAUCGCCAGGUGGUGUAUGAGAAUGGAACGCUGAGGCUGAGUGAUGUGCAGAAGGGCAUGGAUGAGGGUACCUACCUGUGUAGUGUACUCAUCCAGCCACAGACCUCUAUCGACCAGACUGUCCACGUCACCGUCAAAGGUAGGGGACUGGACAGGGGUGGAGGACAGGGUAUUGGCAAGGGUGGCAUAGGGAAGGGAAAGGGGGAAGGGAUGAUGUGUUGCACUAAAUCUAAAUUAUCUACCAAUGACCAGAUGUAACCGCUCACUCCAAUGCAAUGGAUUUGUUGAAAGUCACCCAUGUUUGGGCAAGGUUACUUCCUAGUCGUAACGAGGCAAUCAACUUAACAGGGUGGUCACACCAUGGUGUUAAAAGCAUCUAGCUUUAUAUUAAUGUGUGUGUGUGUGUGUGUGUGUGUGUGUGUGUGUGUGUGUGUGUGUGUGUGUGUGUGUGUGUGUGUGUUGGGUGGCAAGCAUGGGGGAUUUAGGUGUGUUUGUGUGUGUGUGUUGGGGGGGUCUGUAGAAGUGUGUGUGUGUGUGUCUCUGAUUUAAUUAGAUGAAUCAUAAUGAGGCCCAGAUUAAAUCCCCUUGACGUCUCAGCAGUAGCACCACCCCACCCCCUUUCGCGACCAUGGCAACGGCAUGACUUCCUCCGCCAGUUGGCCUGUAAUCAGAGCACCUAUUAUGGGCUGGUGGAGAUGGAAGGGGGUCAGGGUUGGGACCUCUAACCUCUGACCUCUGUAACCUCUGCCCCCCAGUGCCACCCCUGAUCCAGCCCUUUGAUAUCCCCUCCACGUCGGUGGGAAAGCUCAUGUACAUCGCCUGCGUGGUGUCGUCAGGUGAUAUGCCCAUCCGCAUAACCUGGCACAAAGACGGGCAACUCAUCGUGCCUGGUUCUGCCUCUGGUGUUGGCAUAGAGACCAAGGAAUUCAUGAGCUCCUUGCAGAUCUCCAAGGUGACGCUGAAGCACAACGGCAACUACACCUGCAUCGCUAGCAACGCCGCGGCAACCGUCAGCUGGGAGAGACAGCUGAUCGUCACCGGUGAGAGAGGGAGGAGAGGGGAGGAUGGAGGGAGGGUGAGAAGGAGAGGAAGGAUUGGAAAAUAAGUGGUGUGGAAGAAUUUGAGAAAGGUAAAGAAUGAAGGGAUGGACAGACUGGUUAUAAAAGCUGGAAGAUAUUAAGAAAACACAGAAGGAUUGGAGAAUAAUUGAAGGAUAUCCACCAUUUUAGAGAUGUUAUUGUCAAUUAUAAUGACUGUACUAACUAUAACCCCUCCUCACUUAGUUCCCCCUCGCUUCGUGGUCCAGCCCAACAACCAGGAUGGGAUCUAUGGGAAGGCAGGAGUACUAAACUGUUCUGUAGAGGGAUACCCCCCUCCCAAAGUCAUGUGGAAACACGCCAAAGGUAAAGACCAACACCCUGCAGUACUAAUGACAUCAACUAACUAACUGUCUACUAUUCUAUUUAUCUUAGUGAAAGAACUUGUACAAUAAAGUUGAAUUGAUGAUGAAAGAUAACAUUAGCACAUUUUUGUAUUUUUAUUCUCUACUGUAACAUCGUAACUAAUGUACAUCCAAGCGUAAGAUUAGAAACCAAUAUCACCAUGUGUAAAUUUGACUUGACAUGACUGUGCCAUUCCUCCCUGUAGGUAUAGGGAACCCCCAGCAGUACCACCCUGUGCCUCUGACUGGUCGGAUCCAGAUCAUGUCCAACGGCUCCCUGCUGAUUCGGCAUGUCCUAGAGGACGACCGGGGAUACUACCUCUGUCAGGCCUCCAAC